GAGCCGACCAACUUAUUCCCAUUUCUCAUUCUCUCUCCGAGAUUCUCUGUCUGAACGCCAUGAUAGGAGAGAAAGAUCAUCUCGCCAUUGACGGAGAAUGCUCCCGAACCAAAACAUCAAAGCCUCUAUUCUCUCAUCUCAACAACAACAACAACAAUCAAUCUGAGAAAACCAGCGUUCGCUCCAGUAACCUCGAUGUCUUUUCAUCGAAAUCCUCACCCAGAUCAGCCAACGAGCUCACUCUCAGCUACCUCUGCGAGAACCGCGACCUCUCCGAGAAAAUCUCUGAUCCUCAAAAGGGGAAAGAAGUGGUCGUAACCUUAAGCUACGACGAGAAUCGGAUCGAAAGAGACUUCUUUAACCUCAGAGAAACCAAACGCAAAAAGUCUCAUCAAGACGACGUCGUCAAUGAAGAAGUGAAGAUCGACACUCUAAACCUCUCUCUAUCUCUAACGGCGUCAAACGGCGUCAAAAGACCGAGAGUAACGACGACCACUUCUUUCUCUAACGACUUCACAGCGCCGUCAAUUUCGAACUCCUGCUCUCACGGUGGUCCUUUCUCCCACAACAUGAGCUGCUCGAUGACUCGAAACUCCACCGACUUCGAGACCUCCGAUCAUAUCUGGUGCGCCGGCGAAGGCACCAACGGUUCCGUUCACAGCCGGUUCAGACCCGUCGGCGUCCUCGACGUCAAUCCCUUCUCCGGCAAACCGUCAAACUCCUCCGAGUACUCCUUCUUCCCUUCCGAGCUACCAGCCGCCAAGGGAUUAUCACCCAAUCCGGAAGAAGACGAUUCAAUUAAAUCGGAGAAGGUUCUCCACGACGUCGUUUCCAAGUCUAUCUCUUCAGUAGCUUUAAUUAUCCAAGGGAUGGCUGAAGAAACUUUAGAAGCAGCUAAAGAGUACUUAAGAAACUUGAUCGAUUCUGAUUCGCUGGAGCAUAAGGAGAAGCUGGUCAAUCUACAGAACCAGAUUGAGAAAAGAUCCGAUCUUUGUAAAGAGACGUUGUCUAAGUGUGUUAAGGAUCAGUUAGACAUUUUGGUAUCCGUGAGAACAGGGCUUAAGUACUUUUUGUCUGGUAAAAUCCGGAUCCCUAUGAACGAGUUGGUGGAGAUUUUUCUGUUUUUGAGAUGUAGGAACGUGAAUUGCAAGAGUAUGUUGCCUGUUGAUGACUGUGAAUGCAAGAUAUGUUCGAGAAACAAAGGCUUUUGCAGCUCUUGUAUGUGUCCUGUCUGCUUGAAGUUCGAUUCCGCUAGUAAUACUUGUAGUUGGGUGGGGUGUGAUGUUUGUUCUCAUUGGUGUCAUGCUGCUUGUGGGAUUCGGGAGGGUUUGAUCAAACCGGGAGAUAGUGUGAAAGGUCCUCGAGGGAGGACUGAGAUGCUGUUUCAUUGCGUUGGAUGUGGUCAUAAGUCUGAGAUGUUUGGGUUUGUUAAGGAUGUGUUUGUGUGUUGCGCUAAGAAUUGGGGAACUGAGAUUCUGGUUAAGGAGCUUGAUUGCGUUGGAAAGGUUUUCCGUGGAAGUGAUGAUGGUAAAGGCAAAGCGUUGCAUCUCAAAGCUAAUGAAAUGGUGAAGAAGCUAGAGAGUAAACAGAUCUCUCCUCAAGAUGCCUCUAACUUCAUCAUUCAGUUUUUCAACUAUGCAGAGUCUGUAACAGAGUUUCCGGAACCGAAAGAGCAAACAGUUGUAGCAGAAUCUAGCUACGGAAAAGACGAGGCAUCUGUAACGCCUUCAACAUCAAAGGACCAAAUGAAGAAGAGCUUUGCGUCAGGAGAUGCAAUGAUGAACAGUUUUGAUAGUUUAGAGAGCAUGGUGAGGAUCAAGGAGGCUGAAACAGGAAUGUUCCAGAAGAUAGCGGACGAGGCGAGAAUAGCGGCAGAGAGUGCCAAGAGAAUGAUAGAAAUGAUGACGGAGAAGAUGGAGGAGGAGUACACAGAGAAGAUAGCGAGGCUGUGUCUGAAGGAGACGGAGGAGAGGAGGAGGAAUAAGCUGGAGGAGUUGAAGAAGCUUGAGAACUCGCAUUGUGAUUACAGGAACAUGAAGCUGAGGAUGGAGUGUGAGAUCGCAGGGUUGUUGAAGAGAAUGGAAAGUACAAGGCAACAAUUAGUAUGA